AUGGGUACUUCAAAGUGCACUCAAUUUGUGACAUCAGAUCGUGAAAAAUGGGAUAAGGUAUUUGGUGGCCUACUAAAAUUAAUAAAGAACCAACAAGAACAGCUCGAAACUUUCUUAAAAGAGAGGAAAAUUCUUGAGGAUCGGGUUAAAACGCAACAUGAAAGAUGGUUUUCUGAUAUUCGUUUCUAUGAGGAUUAUAUUUUACAGAUAAACGGGGAUUUGGUGGAGAAAGACAUGGCGUGUCUGCUCGAGACCGCCAAAGGUGAUUUGAUGUUGGAUUUGAAGCAGAGAGAGGCCUCUCUUCACAAAUCCAGAUUAGAGCAAACAGAAGAUGAAUUGGCAGAUUUUCGAGCAUGGUUCGACUACCUCUCUCAGAACCUAAAAUCAAAUUCUAAAGAAACUGCCAAUGGAAAGGGAGGUAGUCAUAGUGAUUUAAAGUCUAAUGGUGCUAAGAAGUUGGAAGCUGAAGUAGAAAGGUUAAAGCUUGAAAACGAGAAGCUUGUUUCUGAAAAGAAUUCUGAAGUAUCUGCACUCCUGAAAGAGAAAACUUUUGUGUGGAAUCAAUAUAGUAUUCUAGAAAGCAAUCUGACCAGUAAAUUAAGGAGUAAAGAAGCUGAAGUUGAAAAGGCGAAUGAGAAGAUAGUGGAAGUUCUUGCCACUGCAGAGUUGCUCCAAUCAUCUAAUGAUGAAAAGGAUGAAAUUAUUCGUAGAUUGAAUACUAAGGUGGCCAAGAUGGAAGCUGACACAGAGAAUCAGAAGGAAGAAAUUUCCAAACUCUCCCAGCAGUUGGAAUUUUUAAGAAAGUCAAGAAGUGCUCAAGUUACACCUAUAAUGAAACCUUGCGGUGCACAAGCUAGAACUUCCACACUGGGAAUCAAAAGCUGUGACAAAAAGGUUAGAAAUCUCGUUGACAGGAAAGUAUUGGCAGCUAUACAAGCCACUGUUCCUUCCAAAGAUGCUGAAAAGGGUAGCGGAAGCUUGAAGAAAAAAGGAUUGACUUUACCAUUUCAGAAACUCCAAGAUUGUUCUCUUCUACCUUCAAAGUUCCUAAAGUGA